CGUAUUCUUGAUCUUCUACCUGCUGUCGGAUUCUAUACUAAACACGAAGCCAAAUUAAUAAACCCGUGCUAAUGAUGUUUUCGGGCGUUAACUACAAGGGCACAAGGCUGAUGAGGAGGGAAGAUGCUGGGGUUUAUGCCCUCCCGCGCCACCAUUCCCGGUUCCAUCUCCUUGUACGGACCAAGAAUCUCGCCCAGCUGCCGCUGCCUGCCUCUGUGCCUCAGGUGGCGCAACACCGGCUGCCCAACGCGACAGCGACCCGGCCGCGUCACGGCGACGAAACUGUCAAGCGCGCGCGCAGCCAGCAGCCGCGGCGCGGCGCAGCCCGUCCGCUAUAUAAUCCGGCGGCAUCCCCGGCGCCGUACCGUGCACCGUUGCUCACUUGCUCAGCGUCUCAGCUAGCGGCCUGCUAGCAAGCUCGCUCGCGCUGCUUGCUCAGUUGCUCUGCGGUUCAGCUUCAGCAUGGCUGCUGCCAGCUCCGUCCACGACUUCGUCGUCAAGGAUGCGAGCGGCAAAGACGUGCCCCUGAGCACCUACAAGGGGAAGGUUCUCCUCAUCGUCAAUGUCGCAUCUCGGUGUGGCUUGACCAAUUCCAACUACACGGAGCUUGGCCAGCUAUACGAGAUGUAUAAGGACCAGGGUUUUGAGAUCCUUGCUUUCCCAUGCAAUCAGUUCGGUGGGCAAGAGCCAGGCACAAACGAGGAGAUCGUCCAGUUUGUUUGCACUCGCUUCGAGGCCAAGUAUCCAAUUUUUGACAAGGUUGAUGUAAACGGUGAGGAUGCUGCGCCGAUUUACAAGUUCCUCAAGUCCAGCAAAACCGGCCCUUUUGGCGACAACAUCAAAUGGAACUUUGCCAAGUUCUUGGUUGACAAACAGGGGCGUGUUGCGGAGCGCUACGCCCCAACGACUUACCCACUGAGCAUCCAGAAGGACAUAAAGAAGCUGCUUGGGAGUUUUUGAGCCAUGCAUAUUGCUGGAGGCUGGAGCUAAGGUGCACUGCUGCAUAGCGUCGGGCACUUCAGGCUUCAGAACCCCUGAAAUGUCGUAAUAAGGCCGUGUUUCGAACUUUGGAGUUGCAUUUGCUCUUUUUCUUCCAUAUGGUUCUCCAAUCUUGUACUACCCUAACUACUAGUAGUAAAUAGCACCCAACGUGUCCUGUGUUGGUCAUAAUUUUGCCA